UAAAAAAAAAAUAAUUAAGCAGGGGAAGCAAUAAGUACGUCAAUGUGACAUGCGAAAGCCCAAUCUCAAGUUUAAAUGUAUUUGUAAAAAUAGAGAAUUUAAAUGUAAUGAACAAAGAGGGAAAGAAGAGUCUUUAACGGGUUUCAUAUAAAACCAAGAUGUUUAUUGCAAUGUCAGCACAUUUAUUGACUGAUUCUACUGUGGGGACAACGUUGAAAAAAAAUAAAUAAAAGUAAAUUUUGACUGAUUAAAGCUUUAAAUUUAUUUAACAAGGAAAAUUAUUUAUAGAGUAAAGUAAAAGUCAAUUAAAAAAGCAAAAGAAAGGAUAUUAAAAAUAGAAAAAAACAUAAGAUCCAAGGUGAUCAAGAGUUUAGUAAAAUUUGUCGAGUUGUUUCAUCAGCCAAAUACACUCAUCGUAGACUGUAUUAAAUACCUAGAAAAUUUUUAUUUUUAUUUAUUAUCCCACUUGAUAUCACCGGAAGUUAAAUUGACCAAUGAAAAGUUUAUAAAUCUGGGGGCACGAUUUAAAUCUGUAUCAAAGUGGAGGAAAGAAAAAAAUAAAAAAAGGAAUUAAAUCAAACGAAAUAGCCCCAACGACCCUCGGACUCUGGCCUUUUUGGUUUCAUUAGACAUAUAAAAAGGGGAGUUUUGUGUGCCAAGAUGCCAACAAUUGGAUGGAUCAUUGCCAGACAAUCAUCGACUAUCUGUGCUAACAGGUGUACUAAUAAUAUUCAUUCAAAAGUUACCAGACAAUUUUCAAGUAUUUCUAAAAAAUUUAACAACAAAGUCAAAUGUUCUUCUGGAGUAUUAAGAAUAUCAGCUAAUUAUUCAAUUUUUUCAUUACGUAUUACUGAUAAUACUAAAAAAAUUUACAAUAUGCCUUAUUGUUCUGAUAAUUUUUAUACACAAGCAACAUGCUUGAUGGAAAAACAAACAGUAAAAACAGUAAAUUCAAUGGAUAAAAUAAAUGACAAAAUAUAUGGAGUACCAAUUAUAAAUAAAUUAACAAUACCACUUGCACCAAAAAUACGUGAUUAUGUUGAAGAUUGUGUACGUCUUUGUAAGCCAGAUGCUGUUUAUUUUUGUGAUGGUAGUGAUGAAGAAAAUGAAAUAAUGUUAAAAUUAUUAGAAAAAAAUGGUACAGUUGAACCAUUGAUAAAAUAUAAAAAUUGUUGGUUGGCAAGAACAAAUCCAGCUGAUGUUGCAAGAGUUGAAAGUAAAACAUUUAUUUGUACUGAAACAAUGAAUGAAACAAUACCAACACCACGUAAUGGUAUUAAAGGUACACUUGGUAAUUGGAUUAGUCCAAGUAACAUGGACAAAGCAAUUAAUGAAAGAUUUCCUGGUUGUAUGAAAGGUCGAACAAUGUAUGUAAUACCAUUUAGUAUGGGUCCAAUUGGUUCACCAUUAUCCAAAAUUGGUAUUGAAAUAACUGACUCAGCAUAUGUUGUUUGUUCAAUGAGAAUUAUGACACGUAUGGGUUCACGUAUACUUGAUAUACUUGGAAAUAAUGAUUUUGUAAAAUGUUUACACUCAGUUGGUGCACCAGAUAAUAAUACAAAUAUUGAAAUUAAAUCAUCAUGGCCAUGUGAUCCAGAACGUACAAUAAUACUUCAUAAACCAUCUAAAAAUGAAAUAGUAUCAUAUGGAAGUGGCUAUGGUGGUAAUUCAUUACUUGGAAAAAAAUGUUUUGCACUUAGAAUUGGAUCGACAAUUGCUAAAAAAGAAGGAUGGCUUGCUGAACACAUGUUGAUACUUGGAAUAACAAAUCCAAAAGGAAAAAAACGUUAUAUUGCAGCAGCAUUUCCAAGUGCAUGUGGAAAAACAAAUUUAGCUAUGAUGAAACCAAGUUUACCUGGUUAUAAAAUUGAAUGUGUUGGUGAUGAUAUUGCAUGGAUGAAAUUUGAUAAAAAUGGUUUAUUACGUGCAAUUAAUCCGGAGAAUGGAUUUUUUGGUGUUGCACCUGGUACAUCAAGCUCAACCAACUCAAAUGCAAUGAAUACAAUAUUUAAAAAUACAAUAUUUACAAAUGUUGCUAAAACAAGUGAUGGUGGUGUAUUUUGGGAAGGAAUGGAAAAUGAUAUUGAUAAAAAUCUUGAUAUUAUUGAUUGGCAUGGUAAACCAUGGAAGUAUAGUGAUAAAAAACCAGCAGCACAUCCAAAUUCAAGAUUUUGUACACCAGCAAAUCAAUGUCCAAUUAUUGAUGAUAAUUGGGAAAGUCCAGAUGGUGUACCAAUUGAUGCAAUAUUAUUUGGUGGUCGUAGACCAGAGGGUGUACCACUUGUUUAUCAAGCUAGAAAUUGGCAACAUGGUGUAUUUAUUGGUGCAACAAUGAGAUCUGAAGCAACUGCUGCUGCUGAACACAAGUCAAAAGUUGUGAUGAAUGAUCCAUUUGCAAUGCGUCCAUUUUUCGGUUAUAAUUUUGGACAUUAUCUUCAACACUGGUUAAAUAUGUCAAAAGUUGAAAAUGCAAAAUUACCAAAAAUAUUUCACGUCAAUUGGUUUAGAAAAAGUCAAGAUAAUAAAUUUUUAUGGCCUGGUUUUGGUGAAAAUUCAAGAGUACUUGAUUGGAUUAUCAGAAGAAUUGAUAAUGAAGAUAUUGCUGUUGAUUCGGCAAUUGGUUUACUACCAAAAAAAGGAUCAAUUAAACUUGAUGGACUUGUUGAGAGUGAUAUUGAUCUCAAUGAAUUAUUUCGAUUACCUGGUGAUUUUUGGAAAAAAGAAGCUAAUGAUCUUACAAAUUAUCUUGAUGAACAAGUUGGAAAUGAUUUACCCAAAGAAAUUAUUCAUGAACUAAAUGUACUCAAGAAAAAUGUUGAAAAAUUAUCCUAAUUUUUUUUCUAUUAAAUUUAGAAUUUACUAAAAAAAAAAAAGUAAGAAAAACUGUAACAUUCCACAAGAAUGAUGAAAAUUAAUUUUUUUUUGUAAAUAGUAUUAUUGGAUAAAUUGCAAUUACAGUCGUGUAUGAUUUUAAAAAUUUAUUCAUAUCAUUAAAAAGAAAAUAUAAUUGAAAAAAAGAAAUGAAAUUUAAUUUUUUAAAUUUUUUAGUUGAAUGAAAAUUGGUUUUUCAUAAUAAAAAAAAAGAAAAUCUUGAAAAUAAAAUUUGUAUUGUAUUGCAAAAAAAGAAAUCAUUUCUACCAUCAUCAGCUUUAAUACCGACUCAUAAUAAUUUAUCCUUCAUAAUAAAUAAAUUUUCACAAUUUCGAUUUCGAUAUUUCUACAC